AUAGCUGGAUAGGCUGUGCAAAGCACACUCACGCUAUAAUGUAUAAGGAUAUUUUAUAAGAGAUUUCUUGUAACGUACACCUUCAAUAAUGACUUACACCGUGACCUUCAGAUUCUGAGCAGAGAGGAUCAGAACAGAACGUGUUGUCUGUAGUGGUGUAGUUUGAUAUGUGGGGUUUGCGGUAUGGGUGAAGGAAGCAUGCAUUGGCCCGGUCUUGUCAGAUAACUGUGCACUCGUGUCAAACACCGAAAGAAAAUAAAUCCUGAAAGAAAAUUGCUUAAAUUUUGGGAAAUAAAGCAUAUCUAUUUUUGUCGUUUAGAAAAUAUGUAAUUAUAUUGUUUUCAUCCAAUACGCAUCAGUGGAGUGUCAUUUACUGUAUUCAUUAAUGAUAAUGAAUGUGCGAUAGUGGACUGACACAUAUGAAUAUAAGAAUUUUUUAAAUGUCAACUGAAUUUAAUCCAUUAGAAGUUUACUUCUUUCUUUUGGGAUAACUUUUUGUUUUAUCUUAUUUUGUAAACAUAACAGUGUAACCUGCAGAUCAUCUGUAAAGUAAGAUGACCUCACUACGCCGCACAUUAGAGAAAGAUUUGUUCCAGCCAAAUGAUGAACAUGUCCUCACCAUGGUACAUGUCAGUAAAUUGCUUAAAAAGAAGAAAACCAGCUUCUUGUGCAUAGUAGUUAAUAAUGAAAAACCGAUAAGUGUUACUAUUCAUCAGGUGAAAGGCGAAAAGAAUUUAUACAAGAAGAAACGAAGUUGGCAACUCAAUGAAUUAAAAUCAGUGGAUGUCAUAAAGGAUGUGGAAACACACGAUUUUGAUCUACAAUUUGAUAAAGUGUACAAGUGGUUUGCUUUCAAUCUUCAAGAAAGGCAAAAUUUUAUCAUUACGUUAUGGGAGCAAUGCCAAAAACAUCUUCCAAAGCAAAAACCUCCUUUUCAAAACAUGCCAGAAGAAUGGAAAACAGAUUCGAAUCAUCUGAUCCAGAAUGAAGUGACAGUUGCCCCUGAAACUGUUGAAAUGGAAGAUUAUUUAGCUCUAACUGACCGAGAAGAACAAGAUUUAGAGAAAUUGAUGGGACAGUGUGAAUUUGCUGUCAGCAAUGCUGAAGCAUUCAUGGAAGCGCUGGCCAGAGAUUUAUCUGUUUUAGAUGGUGAGAAUGUCCAUAGUGUAUUGGCAUCUGAACAACAAGUUGCCCAGUUAAUGGUACAAAUUGAAGCUGCGAUUGCAGAAGCAGAAAAAGUAGAAGCACGUCUUGAUGCAUAUGAUGAAGUGUUAUGUCACAUACGUGAUACCAUGGAAAAAAUGGAAGAAAAAAACCUGCUCAUGGAGGUUGCAUGCCGUAACAACCAAAAACUUCUUGAUGAACUCGAUCAAGUUAUAUCCCAGUUGGAUCUUCCCCAUAAACAUCAAAUGGCUUUAAUUGAUGCAGACCUUACUAGUGCUCAGGGACUGCAAAGUGCUAUUGCAGCAGGAAAAGCAUUGAUGGCAGCUAUGAAUGCUGAAAUACAUCCUGCACUUGUAAGACUUGCAGCUGUUCAAGAACAGAGAAAGCGCUUUGAAAAAUGGAAAACCAAAUUUUCUCAGACAAUAUCUCGACAUCUCAACAAUCUUUUCAUACACUUGGGUAAUGAUGCUGGGGAAACACUGAGUUUCCAUGCUCGCGAUUUGACUCUACCAAAACAUAAUUCCAUUCAUACAGAAUUGAAAGCUUACACUCCUCUGAUGCAUUGGUGCAAAGCAAUGGACAGGAAAGCAUAUAUAGCACUGUCCCGAGUGUACACAAAUUCAUUAAGUAAACUUUAUGAACGUGAUAUCAAACAGUUCUUUGAAGAAGCAAAACAACAAAUAUCAGGUUCACGUGAAAAGAAAGGCAAAGGUAGUGGUUCAAACCAAGAUAUAACCGGCAAGUUGAAGCAUCAAGCUCAGCAAUUUGGGCCAAGUAAAUCUCCUGUACCAUCUGGACUUCUUGGAGUAGAACGUGAACAAUGGGGAACGGAGGUCGACGAAGCUGAACGGCAGCGUUUUGAUGAUGUGUUGGAACGUGUUCUGGCAGAACUGGAGCCUGUUUGUCUUGCUGAACAAAAUUUUUGUGUUUCGUUUUUCCAGUUGGAUGUUUUGAGUCCAACUACAAAGAAUACCCAAACAACAUUAGAUGGAUUGACUGCAGAAGUUAAGGAAGAAGUAGAUUCAUCAUCCUCCGCUGUAGCAAUUCCUCAGAAGAAAAUAGAAAAACAAAUCAAUGAAGAAGUGAGGCGAAUGAUGAGUGAUUUAUUUACAUGCUUGGAGCCAGAAUUGAUGGCUUUCAUAUCUUAUUAUGAAAAAAUUGAUAGUUUUUACUGUAUGUACGUCCUUGUACGCCUAAGUCAACAUGUGCUCUCUGCAGAAGACACUGGAUCAUUCCUCAGCAAAACUUAUGGAUUAGCUUUAGUGAAAGUGAAGAGAAUUUUUGAUAAUUUUAUGAAAGCUCAACUCAAAUCUAUAGAAGAAGCAAAAGUUAAUCGCAAAAGCAAAUGCGGCAUACUACCUUACGUCGAAAAUUUUGAGGAUUUUGCACGAACUGCAGAAACUAUUUUUAAAAAUACUGAUCGUCGUACGGAUUUAGAUAAAUCAUACAUUAAACUUGUUGGUGCAAUGUUUGAAGCCAUUCCUCGCAAUGCAGCUGAACAUCACAAAACACCUCAGGAAGUUGUAAAAAUGGAAAACUUUCAUCAUCUCUAUGCUUUACUGUCUCAAUUAAAAAUUGGAGUCCUUGAUGGACUACGUAAGGAUGCAAAACAAAAAUAUAAUGAUGCUCUUAAGGCCUAUGUGACCCAGUACUUUGGACGUCCGUUAAUCAAGUUAAAUGUAUUUUUUGAAGGUGUUCUUGCAAAAGUUGCCCAAGGUGUAAAAGAAUCUGAAAUCAGUUAUCAAUUGGCAUAUAGCAAACAAGAAUUAAGAAAAGUAAUAAGAGAAUAUCCAGCUCGUGAAGUGAAAAAAGGCCUAGAAAAUUUAUAUAGGAAAGUGGAAAAACACUUGUGUGAACAAGAAAGUCUCUUGCAGGUGGUGUGGCGAGCUAUGCAAGAAGAAUUUAUCCAGCAAUACAAAGCCAUUGAAGAUUUAAUUCAGCGUUGUUAUCCUGGUGCAAUGAUAACAUUAGACUUUUCUAUUCAAGAUAUUCUUGACUUCUUUUCAGAAAUUGCUUUGUCUCAUUGAUUUACUUACAAUAUGAAAAAGUUUUGCUUAGUUAAUGAAUUAUUCUAAAACUGUAUAUGAUAUAAGUGAUAUUAGAUGAUUUUGCAGAGAUAAGUAAUUUGUGAAUACAGUAUGUAUACUAUUUUCUUGUGAAGACAUGUUAGAAAAUAUUUUAAGAUCAUGUUAUUUAUUUACCGUUAAUAUUUAAAUUAAGAUAAUUAAUUCCACUUUAUUUUUUAUUUUUUUUUAUUUUUUAAUAGUUCAAAAUGAACCUCUAACCUUUUCCAUCCCUCACAAUAAUAAAAUGUUGCUAUUUUUGUGUUUGAAUAGAUGAUAAUUUUAAUUAUAAGGGCUCAUAUUUUUUAUUCAAAAAGUUUAGGCCCACUCAUAUUAAAAAUUAUUCACUUGGAGAACUAUACGAAAACCUCUCAAGGCUGCUUUAUUUUUUACAUAUUUCUGCAGACUCUCCUAAGGAAACUUAACAAAAACUUAAAUAAUGCAUAAAAAACAGGAAACAUUUGUCUGUUCACUCCAAUUUGAAUGGAUUUUGUUAAUGUUAAGAUCGAUUAAAUAAUUUUUACAUACUUUUUUUGUGACUUCAGACAAACAAUUUAAUUGUGUGAAAUAGUCCUGUAAAUUUGGGGGUUUAAGAAACUAAUUUACAUUUCUAAUAGAACAUUAAAAUACUAUUUUUUUAAAUAUUGCAA